AUGACAAAAUGUUUACCAGAAAAUCAUUUUGACUUUUCUAUUGCCUAUAAUAAUAUAGGCUUAAUUUAUGCUGCUAAUGGGAACUAUACGGAAGCUUUGAUAAAUUACAAUAAAGCACUUAGCACGUCGACAUCGGAUCAUCCAUUUUCUUCGAGAACUUAUUUAAAUAUUGGUGAUGUUUAUCGAAUGACCGAAAACAAUAAUCUUGCAUUGGAACAUUAUGAAAAAGCUCUUGAAAUUCAAAUGCAGUGUUCAACACAAAAUCAUCAUGAUCUUUUGCGAAUAUACAAUGUGAUGAAUGUGGCUUAUUAUGACAUGAAUAAUAGAGAAAUGUCGUUGAAAUAUUACGAGAAGUUUCUUGAAAUUCUUCUAAUUGUAGAGCCGUUAAAUUUCAAUGAGCAUUCAACAGCGUAUGAAAAUAUUGCCGAUUUAUUAUUUCUAAAGAAUGAUUUUAAAGCGGCACUCGAAUAUUAUAACAAAGCAAUUGAAGCAGCAGAGAAAACGACUACACCGUCUCUGGAAACAAUAGAAAAAAUGCAGAAGAUGAUCCGUGUAAUAUUGGUCAAAUUGACUUCGGCCUCUAACGAACUGAAAGAUAACCCAACAGAAUUAAGAUAG